AUGCCGUCGUCCAGCUCGCUUCGUCGCGUCGUCUUCGUCGCCUGUGCCAUCCUCUCGUCCUACGCCUUCGCCGAGAAUGCCGCCGGCCGUCGCCUUCCCCUUCUGCUGGAUGCCACCUUGGACGAGCUCCGGGCCGGCCUCGACAACGGCGACUUCACGAGCGUCGAUCUCGUCGAUGCCUACCUCCGUCGCAUCGGCGAGGUGAACCCGACGCUCCACGCCGUCAACGAGGUCAACUCCGAGGCCCGUCAUGUCGCCGCGAAGCGCGACGAGGAGAGACGCACGCGUACCGGUCCUUGCGAGCAUCGUUGCCCGCCUCUACACGGCAUACCGAUCCUUCUCAAGGACAGUAUCGCGACCAACGACACCAUGAGGACGACGGCCGGUUCCUUCGCCCUCUUCGACGCAAAGGUGGCCGAGGACAGCACCGUGGUGGCCAAGUUGCGCCAGGCGGGCGCCGUCCUCCUAGGCAAGACGAAUCUGUCCCAGUGGUGCGGCUUGCGAUCGGCGAAUGCGCUGUACGGCUGGUCGUCCGUCGGCGGCCAAACCGUCGGCGCCUACAGCCAGGGCCAGAAUCCCUGCGGCUCCUCGUCCGGCAGUGCCGUCGCCGCGUCCAUCGGCCUCGCCUUUGCCGCUCUGGGGACGCAAACCUUUGGUUCCAUCAUCAUGCCCGCCAGCCGCAACAACAUCGUCGGCAUCAAGCCCACCCUCGGUCUCACGUCCCGCUACAACGUCAUCAUGGGCUCGGAGCGUCGAGAUGGCAUCGGUCCCAUGGCACGAACCGUCAGGGACGCGGCCCAUGUCCUCUCCGCCAUUGCCGGGCCCGACGACAAGGACCAGUAUACGUCUGCCUUUCCCUUGCCCCAAGUCCCCAACUACGCAGACGCCUGCGACGGCACGGCACUGCGAGGGAAGCGCAUCGGCGUCCUUCGCCCUGCCUUUCGCUCGGCCGAAUUGGCCGGCCCCUUCGACGCGGCCUUGCAAACGAUGAAGGAUGCCGGGGCGGAGCUUGUGAACGUGACGAAGCUUGCCGCUGGUGUCUUGGAAUCCAGGGUAUACUUGGGCUAUAAUGAGGUGGCCAUAAUGUCCGAUUUCUCGUCCAACCUGCAAGAGUAUCUCGCCCGUCUGGUUUCUAACCCGCAUAACAUAACCUCCCUCGAGGACUUGCACGCCUUCACGCAAGCCGACGGUCGAGAGAACGUGACGGAUUCCGCAUACUGGGACGACGCGCUCAGCGAAGGAUGGAGCAAGACCCAGCCCGAAGUCAUCGAGAUAGUGAAGAACUUAACAGAUGUCGCCAGGCAGGGCCUGCUCGACGCCUUCAAGGGGCAUGAGAACGAGGGCAAACUGGACGCACUGGUCACGGACUCGGACGGUUCCUACCAAGUGGCGGACAUGGCCGGCUGGCCAGUAAUGACGGUGCCGCUGGCGUGCACGUCGAUGGCCUUUGCGAACGAAAUAGACAGCGAGACGGGCACCAUGAACAUGACCGGGCCAAACAUGCCGUUUGGCAUUUCCUUCGUUGGCGAACCAUGGUCCGAGGAAUCGUUGAUCGGAAUGGCCUACGCCUUUGAGCAGCGGACCAAGGCGCGUGAAAAGGUCAAGCCGUGGGCGUCGAGCACGCCCAAGACGGAGCUCGAGCAUGUUGUCGGAAAGCCGGCCAACGUGACAAGGUCUUAG